UGAAAUAAACAAUAUACUGAAUCAACAAGUGGAUGAAGGCAUGGCAGCUGGUGGAGGGAAUGUGAAUGAAAAUGUUGUUCUGGAUGAAGGAAUGCAAGCAGUAGAAGAUGCUGCUAUGGAUGAAGUAACGCAAGCAGCAUCAGAUGCUGCAAUGGAAGCUGCUAGAAGACCUUCUCCUGUCUUUCCCGUCUUAACUGUUGAGAAUCCUUCUACUCAAGUUGAUACAAGUAAUAUUCAGGAAAAACUACUUGAUACGAUGGCUGAAGAAGAGCUACCUUCAUUUCCAAUAGAUAGCACUAGAGUUCCCUUAAGUAUGGAUCAAUGUUUGAACCUAGUCAAGCAGCUUGGGUUAUAGAUGAUACAGCUAACAAGGCUCAGUUCGGUAUCCAAGGAGAACACAUUAAUGAUCUAAUGUUCAAUAAAGACCUUGAUGU